AUGUUUGGCUUGCCUCUUGAACUGCAAAUAUUAAUCGUAAAUGUCUUAGGCCUGGCUAGCACCACUUUAAACUGGAACUGGUUCAAGUGGGACCAGCAGCUAGAGAAGAUCUCGAAUGUCUCAGUUUCACAACCCGACAAAUUGGAUGUAGAGAAUAUCGACUGGCUUAAGACGAUUAUCUCGAUCAGCAAAUGGUGCACGACCCUCAAAUGGUAUAUGCAGCUACGAAGGCUAGCGAAAUUCCGCAGAUUUACAAUAAUAGCGCGGAGAAGUAUCGGGAGUAUCGCUAAUGUUCCCGGCAGAGUUGGUCAUUCUCUGGAUGAUGAGUGUCUUGGUAUAGCAAUAAUUAGACGAGGCAAGUAUGCGAGUCUGUUAAAUCUGGACAGGCACUCUGAAGAAUCUUUCAAUAGAAUGAACGCGAAAUCCUUGACGACCUUAUUCAGUGACGACACGAGUAGCACGAAUGGCACGAAUGGCACGAAUGGCACGAAUGGCACGAAUGGCGCGAAUGGCGCGAAUGGCACGAACGAUUACAAUUCCGAUUAUUUGAGCGUGGCUGAAAAAUCAAUGAGGAUGCUGAAUGUAACCGCGGAAGAUGUGAUGGAUGCGCGUGCCAGGAUACAAGAGCGAUCUUACUGGAACGAGCAAGACUCAAUUGCGCAAACACCUGUGAUAAAAGAAGUAAUAAAGCAACUUUCUUUGGAAAAGAACAAAGAAGAAAUAAUCAAUGCAGAAAGAAAUACACAGCUAACGGAGGAUAAUUUAGCAAAAAUUGUGAAUAGUACCUUGAAAAAAGAAGACGGUAUAGAAUAUAUUCCAGUGAAAAAAAAAGAAGAAAAAAGUAAUGAAGAAACUAUUCUAGUUGAAGAACAGAUUUUGAACGAAAAUCAGAAAAAUGUUUCAUUAAAAAGCGAAAACGUCACAUCUGACGAAGUAGAUCACGCGAAAUCAACGGAAUCUUAUGAUAUUUAUGUCAUAUCGAAGAAGAAAAGGAAAGAGAAAAAAGAAGGAGUUGAUAAGAUCGUGCAGUGUCCUUCGUUCCAGAGUAUGAAUGCAAGAAAUACAGAGGCUAAGCCAUGUGCCUCCCUCGUAAGAAAAUUAGAAGCGAAGUUCUGUCCCGUUUCUGUGAAUCGACAGAAAUGGAUCGAUAAAGUCAAUCGUAAAGGGUACCUUUAUGAAGUCAACACACAAUCAACACCAACUAGUUCAAGUAAAAAAGAACGUUACAAGAUUCUGAAAAUCUCAUGCGGGUGCCAUCGUGCUUUGCGUAACAGUUCGAAAAAUGGAAAUCACGUGCGAUCAAUCGAUAUCAAUGAUAAAAACGUUGAAUUUGAUAUUAAUAGAAAAGAAUUCGAAUCUUUUAAGCCUAUCGUCAAUAUGCAGAGAAGCAGGAUUGACAAAUCCGCGUUUAAAUAUUCAGAAGCAUACCGUUUAAAGAAACAAAUUCAGAAAUGGGAAGAAUCUUACGGUAAGCACUCCUGGGAAAAUAAGUCUUUAGCCGAAACUGCACGUUCCUCGGGAUAUGCAAAAAAGGUCUUUGAUGCAUCCGAUAAGUUGUCUGUUGUAAAUUGUCGAAAGAGCGUUCAGACUGAAACUUAUGAUGAGUCGAUGAUGAUGAGCGAUUCUUUGAGUGAACGACACAGAUUGAAAUACAAACAGAAACGAAGUAGACGACCGGUCAAUUUGCGUUCCGUUCACAAUGUGGCAUCAUUUAGAGAAAAGAAUUAUUUGGAGGCAUGUGAAAUGAAUAUGAAAGCUUUAGAAACCAAUAAUAAUUUUACGUUGGAAAAUAAAAGAGAAACGAAAGCGAGAAAAAGGCGAGAUCUGUUGCCGAAUCGGAAAUUAUCGAUCGAACAACGCGAAGCGAUAGAGUUGAAAGCUUUAAAAGCUUAUAACGAGCUUACCUUGUCAGAGGAUAAGAGAGAAUUGGAAAUAAGAAAGGACCGAGAUUCAUCGUUGAAUUACGGACGAUUGAUGAAGGAAUCCGAAGUACCAGAGAUGAAAGUUUUAAAAACUUAUAAUGAUUCCUUAUUGGAAGAUAAAAAGGAGAUGGAGAGAACGAGAAGAUAUAAUUUGUCGCCAAGUUUUCAGCAAUCGAUUGAUGAACGAAGUACCUCGAGAGUUCGUAACGAACUCGAACGAUCGGGAAGCAAGAGAGAGCUGCAAACUAGGAGAAAACGCGAUUCAUCGAGAGAUGAAACGCUAUCGGAAUGUGAAAAAGUUGUCGAGACUCCAGCGAGCGUCUCUAAUGAUCUUUCAAUAAGUAGUUGUGAGAGUACCAUGAUCUCCACACAUCAGAACAUACACAACAAUUUUGGUCCAAACGAUCGUUACGCAAGACAGGCGCGUAUGCCGCUGAAUCUCUGGGAGGUUACGAGAAACAUCGAAUGGACUGUUCAUCCGCGGGGUAUUAUACUCAUCAAUAAGAAUCUACAAAGUCAAUUCUUAAAGAAUGAGAGAUUUUGCGAAAGCCAACAACGCGAUAUCGUUGAUGACAACACUGCCAGCACGUUGCACAGCGCUUUCUUCUUUAAACCUGAAAUCAUAACGCGAAUCUUUCGUCGCGCUCACAACCAGAUGAGGAUCGACGAGUUCUCGAGGUUUCCGACGUUCCUGCGGCAAGACUUCGACACGGAGUUUGUAUGUCAAAUGAACAACGAGGUGGUCGUGCGCCAUUGGAACUCGUCGUUCGACUGCGAUCUCGAACGGUUGAUGGGAAACGAUCGGAACAAUCUUGAAGAGCAAUUCAAUGCUAAUGACAAUCGCAAUACCACAAGCGAGCAUGAUCACGAUAUGUGUAUAAUAGUUAUUGAUCAGGAACAGAUUUCCAACGAAUCGCAAACUGCGACAGAAGAUUCGAUGACCGUCGAAAUACAGGAAAACACGCGUUCGAGCAUUGGAAGUAUUCAAAUGACGAAUAUUUUGAUAUUCAAUGAAAAUCAUAAUUGCGUAGAUAAUGCAACCAACGAUAAUUUGCCAGUUCAAUUGAUCACAGAUGCAUUAAGAAAUUUCAAUAUCGAGACAGAAGGUAAUAUACGCGAUAUUGCAUUGCCGAUCGAAGAGUGCGAAGAUGUAAGUAAUGUGAAUGAAUGUAAUAAUUCUCAAUCUCGAGAACUUAAGGCGGAUAUAGAUUUCAACGAAGAAAACAAUAACGAGUGUGACAGAAUUUCUUCGCAUAAAAAUGCAGAUGUUGACGAUACAAUUCAUAAAAUUGAACAACUAUUGGAUUCAAACGAUAAUUGUCUAGAUAACGUAAAUGUUACAUCGUAUGCUAAUUCGUCAGAAAAAUUAGAUAAUUCGAGAGAUGAAAAAUAUUUAAGUACAAUCGAUAUUUAUUCUGAAAGCAAGAUGUGCGAGAAUAAUUUAUCUCUCAAAAAUACUGGUAACAAUACAUCACAAUUAUCUGAUAAUAAUAAUAAUAAACAGUUUAACACGUUGGAUAAUGAAGCUAAGAAAAAUAGCGUAACUACGUUAAAUGAUCAAAGAAAAGAAUCGAAUUUAAAAGAUUAUACAAUUCCACAACUUUAUGAUAGAAUUCCACAAUGUCGAAAUGUCGAAAUUUUAAAAUUGGAGACCAUAAUACCAGAUACAAGCACAAGAAAUCGGAACAAAAAUAGAGACGAAGAAGCAAAUGAAUUUUUGGCAGAAAAAAUUUUUAAGAUGCAUUCAGACAAUGAGCUUCAGCUAGAAGAUAGUUUUUAUGAUAAAAAUAAUGAUCCAGGAGCACCGGUUUCAUUUGACGACGGUAGUUUGAUGGAGGAAUUUUUGAACGAUCCCAUACCACCUUUAAACUCUUCUUAA